GUACACUGAAAGAACUGCUGUAUGGCCCAAUGAAAUAUGGGAUGUUCCUCUAGAAGAAAUUCCUGAAACCUUGGAAGCUUUAAAUCCUAUAGACAUGGAACCUGUAGAUGAAAGAGAUUUCAGAUCACUUUCUAAGAAAGAGCUACAAGUGAGAAUUAGUCAUGUUGUGUCUCCUAGUAAAAUUUUCAUACAAUGGCUGUCAUCAGAAAGCAUACUAAAAAGUUUACAGGAGAAGAUGGCUACUAUCUACAAAGAAUCCCAGCCACAGCGUGUGACGUGGGAAAGUAGUAUGCACUGCGCUGUUUACAUACAUGAUUUGAAACAGUGGCAAAGAGGACAAAUAACCAGGAUUGUCUCCGAAACAAGUGCAGAGGUAAUACUUUAUGAUUCUGGAGCUGAAAAAACAGUGGAUAUCAGCUGUCUAAGAAAACUUGAGGAAAACAUGAAGAUAAUUAGGGCAUUAGCAAUAGAAUGUUCCUUGACAGAUAUAAGACCAACAGGUGGAAGCACACAGUGGACAGCAACAGUGUGUGAAUGUUUAUCCUAUUACCUAACCGGAGCACAAGUAAAAAUAAUCAUACAGGAAAGUGAUGUGGCUUGUGCAUUGCCUGUGAAAAUUCUUUGCAAAGACGAAACAGGACAAUUGAUUGAUAUUUCAGAACACCUUAUUAAAAAGGGUUUGGCUUUUAGAAACAGAAGAACUAAUACAGCUGGUGUGGCUUGCUCAGUCUCCAAGGAACGUCUUAAAGUACAUUUAGAGCAAGAGAACACACAACUGGAUGGUUGUAAUUCCAAAACUGCAUGCUCAAGAAACAGCGCUGCUCCAGAGGAAAACAUCACUGUUUCUGAGAGUGGAGAAAAAUCAUGCAAAACAUCUAAGUCACUGCUUCAGUCAGGAGUGGAUGAAAUAUAUAAAUCCCCCGUUAUACCUGAAGUUAAACAUUUUCAAGCUGUAGUAAGUUCCAUUGGACGUGAUGGAACUAUUUAUAUAAUACCAAAAUCAUUUGAAAUUGAACUAAACAAGCUGAUGGCUGAAAUACAAAGUAAAUUCCAGUGCCUUGGUCUUCUGGAACCCUACAGCUGGAAAAAGGGUGAAGCUUGUGUUGUAAGAGGAUCAGAUACCAUGUGGUAUCGAGGUAAAGUUGUAGAACUCGGUGGCAGUACUCUCCAGGUACAGUACAUAGACCAUGGUUGCAUAGAGCAGAUUCCUCCGUGUCAUCUGUAUCCAACUACGUUGUAUUCUGGUAUUCCUCCAUAUUGCAUACCGUGUCAGCUCUACAAGACAGUACCAAUUGGAACUUCAUGGCAGCAGGAUGCAGUAGAUUGCCUUCAAGAACUCCUUACAAAUGAAGAGGAAUUACCAGAUAAUCCAUGGGGCAAGUUGUCCAUCAACCUGUAUUUUGGUGGAAUGUCACUUUCUUCCUUUAUGGCAUACCAGAAGUACUGUGUUACUGAAGAUUGUCAGGACACACCAGAGCUG